ACAUACAGAGGUUGUCAUUACAUGUACACCAAGGGCUUAAUUAAGCGCUGAGCAGAAUGUAUUGACCAAUGACACCAUUUGUGAUCGCAGUGUAACGGAAUAGAGAACAGAGGCCAAGGGACUGUGUGCGUGUUUUGUGGGUCGUUGUCGCUUUAAGGAAAUGCACUUGCAGCCAUUUUCUGGUCUUUGUGUGGGGUGGAUUAGCAGAGAGGCACUGAGCGAAACGAGAGCAUCAAUUGUAGGACGGCGAGAGAAAAACGUCCCCGUUCAUCGUUUUUCUCACAGCGGAGUGCCCCACUCUCCGUCCGUUGGUUUCCGAACGGACAUGCAAGUUGCAGACUGGGCUGCCUUGUGAGUGAACCUGCGUUGCCAUGACAACCCACGUGACCCUGGAGGAUGCGUUGUCCAAUGUGGACCUGCUGGAGGAGCUGCCCCUCCCCGACCAGCAGCCAUGCAUCGAGCCCCCGCCCUCCUCCAUCAUGUACCAGGCUAACUUUGACACCAACUUCGAAGACAGGAAUGCGUUUGUCACUGGGAUCGCCCGCUACAUCGAACAGGCCACUGUGCACUCCAGCAUGAAUGAGAUGCUGGAGGAGGGGCAUGAGUAUGCGGUCAUGCUCUACACCUGGAGGAGCUGCUCCAGAGCUAUACCUCAGGUGAAGUGCAACGAGCAGCCCAACCGGGUGGAGAUCUACGAGAAGACUGUGGAGGUGCUGGAGCCCGAGGUCACCAAGCUCAUGAAGUUCAUGUACUUCCAGCGGAAAGCCAUUGAGCGUUUCUGCAGCGAGGUGAAGCGUCUGUGCCACGCCGAGCGCCGGAAGGACUUUGUGUCGGAGGCCUACCUGCUGACGCUGGGCAAGUUCAUCAACAUGUUUGCCGUGCUGGACGAGCUCAAGAACAUGAAGUGCAGCGUCAAGAACGACCACUCCGCCUACAAACGAGCUGCUCAGUUCCUCAGAAAAAUGGCCGACCCACAGUCCAUCCAGGAGUCACAGAACCUCUCCAUGUUCCUAGCCAAUCACAACAGAAUCACACAGUGUCUGCAUCAGCAGCUGGAGGUGAUCCCUGGCUAUGAGGAGCUGCUAGCUGACAUUGUCAACAUCUGUGUGGACUACUACGAGAAUAAAAUGUACCUGACGCCCAGUGAGAAACACAUGCUGCUCAAGGUUAUGGGGUUCGGCCUUUACCUUAUGGAUGGGAACGUCAGCAACAUCUACAAGCUGGAUGCCAAGAAGAGGAUAAACCUGGGCAAAAUUGACAAGUAUUUUAAGGUGGUACCCCUAUUCGGCGACAUGCAGAUUGAACUCUCACGCUACAUUGAAACUAGUGCCCACUAUGAGGAGAACAAGUCCAAGUGGACAUGCACGCAGAGUGCCGUCAGCCCCCAGUACAACCUGUGUGAGCAGAUGGGUCAGAUCCGUGACGACCACAUCCGCUUCAUCUCGGAGCUGGCGCGCUACAGUAACAGCGAGGUGGUGACGGGCUCGGGCCUGGACAGCCAGAAGUCGGACGAGGAGUACCGCGAGCUGUUCGACCUGGCGCUGCGCGGCCUGCAGCUGCUGUCCAAGUGGAGCACGCACGUGAUGGAAGUGCCACACUGGCUAUUUGUUUGUGAUCCAGGUCCAAAACACCUUGAAAAUUACUCGUGGAAGCUGGUGCACCCUACCGACAAGUUCUGCAACAAGGACUGCCCCGGCACGGCGGAGGAGUACGAGCGCGCCACGCGCUACAACUACACCAGCGAGGAGAAGUUCGCCAUGGUGGAGGUCAUCGCCAUGAUCAAGGGCCUGCAGGUGCUCAUGGGCCGCAUGGAGAGCGUCUUCAACCAGGCCAUCCGCAACACCAUCUACGCCGCGCUGCAGGACUUCGCCCAGAUGACGCUGCGCGAACCGCUCCGCCAGGCCGUGCGCAAGAAGAAGAAUGUGCUCAUCAGUGUUCUUCAGGCUAUCCGUAAAACUAUCUGUGACUGGGAGGGGGCGAGGGAGCCCCCUAAUGACCCCUGCCUGAAGGGGGAGAAGGACCCCAAAGGAGGCUUCGACAUCAAAGUACCCCGCAGGGCGGUGGGACCCUCGAGCACACAGCUGUACAUGGUGCGUACCAUGCUGGAGUCCCUGAUCGCCGAUAAGAGCGGCUCCAAGAAGACCCUGCGCAGCAGUCUGGACGGCCCUAUCGUGCAGGCCAUCGAGGACUUCCACAAGAGCUCCUUCUUCUACACGCACCUGCUCAACUUCAGUGAGGCCCUUCAGCAGUGCUGUGAUCUCUCCCAGCUGUGGUUCCGGGAGUUCUUCCUGGAGCUCACCAUGGGCCGCCGCAUCCAGUUCCCCAUCGAGAUGUCCAUGCCCUGGAUCCUCACCGACCACAUCCUGGAGACCAAGGAGCCUUCCAUGAUGGAGUAUGUGCUGUACCCUCUGGAUCUGUAUAACGACAGCGGGUACUACGCCCUGACCAAGUUCAAGAAGCAGUUCCUGUACGACGAGAUUGAGGCUGAGGUGAAUCUGUGUUUCGACCAGUUUGUUUACAAGUUGGCAGAUCAGAUAUUUGCUUACUACAAAGCCAUGGCUGGGAGUGUUCUCCUGGACAAGCGCUUCAGGGCGGAGUGUAAGAACUAUGGCGUGAUUAUUCCCUACCCUCCCUCAAACCGCUACGAGACACUGCUGAAGCAGAGACACGUUCAGCUGCUGGGUCGCUCCAUCGACCUGAACAGGCUGAUCACGCAGCGCAUCUCGGCCGCCAUGUACAAGUCUCUGGACCACGCCAUCAGCCGAUUCGAGAGCGAGGACCUCACCUCCAUCGUGGAGCUGGACUGGCUGCUGGAGGUGAACCGACUGACCCACCGGCUGCUUUGCAAGCACAUGACGCUGGACAGCUUCGACGCCAUGUUUCGCGAGGCCAACCACAACGUGUCCGCCCCUUACGGCCGUAUCACACUGCACGUCUUCUGGGAGCUCAACUUUGACUUCCUCCCCAACUACUGCUAUAAUGGCUCUACUAACCGGUUUGUGCGGACAGCCAUUCCCUUUACACAGGAGCCUCAGAGGGACAAACCGGCCAACGUCCAGCCUUACUACCUGUAUGGCUCCAAGCCUCUGAACAUCGCCUACUCCCACAUCUACAGCUCCUACAGGAACUUUGUGGGGCCGCCACACUUCAAGACAAUCUGCCGUCUCCUCGGUUACCAGGGCAUCGCCGUGGUGAUGGAGGAGCUGCUCAAGAUUGUCAAAAGCUUGCUGCAGGGCACCAUCCUCCAGUACGUGAAGACCCUGAUCGAGGUGAUGCCCAAGAUCUGCCGCCUGCCGCGCCACGAGUACGGCUCCCCAGGCAUCUUGGAGUUCUUCCAUCACCAACUGAAGGACAUCAUAGAGUACGCAGAGCUGAAGACGGACGUCUUCCAGAGCCUGAGGGAGGUGGGCAACGCCAUCCUCUUCUGCCUGCUCAUCGAACAGGCUCUGUCACAGGAAGAAGUGUGUGACCUCCUUCACGCCGCCCCAUUCCAGAACAUUCUUCCCAGAGUCUACAUCAAAGAGGGAGAGCGAUUGGAAGUGAGGAUGAAGAGGUUGGAAGCGAAGUACGCCCCCCUGCACCUGGUGCCUCUGAUUGAGAGACUGGGGACCCCACAGCAAAUCGCCAUCGCACGUGAGGGCGACCUGCUGACCAAGGAGCGCCUGUGCUGCGGGCUGUCCAUGUUCGAGGUGAUUCUGACCCGCAUCCGCAGCUUCCUGCAGGACCCCGUGUGGCGCGGGCCGCCCCCCACCAACGGCGUCAUGCACGUGGACGAGUGCAUGGAGUUCCACCGCCUCUGGAGCGCCAUGCAGUUUGUGUACUGCAUCCCCGUGGGAACGCACGAGUUCACCGCCGAGCAGUGCUUUGGUGAUGGGUUGAAUUGGGCCGGCUGCGCCAUCAUCGUGUUGCUGGGACAACAGCGCCGCUUUGACCUCUUUGAUUUCUGCUACCAUCUUCUGAAAGUCCAGCGGCAAGAUGGCAAAGACGAAAUCAUCAAGAACGUGCCCUUGAAGAAAAUGGCCGACCGCAUCAGGAAGUACCAGAUCCUCAACAACGAGAUCUUCGCCAUCCUCAACAAGUACAUGAAGGCCGUCGAAACAGACAGUUCCACGGUAGAGCAUGUGCGCUGUUUCCAGCCUCCCAUCCACCAGUCCCUGGCCACCACCUGUUGAAACUGAGCCUCAUCGGCCGCCCUGUUCCCAUGUGCUCUACCCCCACUACCGCCACCACCAUCUCGUCUCCUCUGACUCAUAACAGCUCACCAAAUCACACACACACACACACAUGUGCUCUCACACACACACACACACACACACACAUACACAUCCUGAGUUCAAAAACCCUGGACCUCCAGAUGGGCUCUUACCUCCUGACUCUCUCGAUGGCACUUGAGGGCCGGUGGCCCUUGCUGGCCUCUCUCAUUAGCCUUUUACAGUUUUAACACUCAACACUCUACGCAGUCCCCAGCUGAAAGAUCGCAGCACACCUUUUAAAGGUGUAGAGCAGAACUAGUGGUGAAAAGGGAUCCACUGGAUUUCUUUUCUGACCAACCCGGGCCCAAAAGGUAACCAUAAAAGCAGCAACAAACAAACAAACAAACAAACAAAGAAAGAGAAAACAAAAAAGGGAUAGGUAAUACAGCAUGAGAACUGUGCAAAGUUGAACAUGUUUCAUGCUACCAAGAUAAAAGCUAAAAUAAUUAAUAUAUAUUAUUCAGAGUAAAAUGUGACUAUUUUUUCUCCUCAUUUUAAAUUGCUGUCAUAUAACCAUUGAGUCUGUGGUGAGAAAAGAGACCAGGAGUAUACAUCAUAGAUUUUCUUAAUUUUUUUAUGCUCAAAUGUCACCCUUUAAAAUCAUUCAGCAAAGCGGAGAAAUCCAAGUCGCCUUGUGUUGCCCAUUCACCCUUUAAUUUCUUCACUUUUUACUCAGCCCACAUUUGCCAUAUGUAAAAAAAAAUCAUACAUAAAUAAUGUUUUUGCGUUUGAUAAUUUGGACACCAAGAAUUAAUCUCAAUGUCUAUAUGUAUGAACCCCUCUCCGAACCCCUCACUGUGGAGUGUCUGAAAAGAAAACAAAAAAAAUCACAGCUUUCUGAAUUCAUGUAUUUAUUUGACCUCUAUCCUUUUUAGGCUUCUAUGCCAUUUUAUUAAUGCCUGUGUUCCAUUGUACAUUUUUUGGAGUUUGACUAAACAAGGUACUGAGUGUAGUAAUUGUUAUUUGUUUUUAAUUAUCAUCUCAUCUAAACCUUCAGCAUACUUGCCUUUACUAAUAUUUGAAAACAUGAUCCGAUUUUUUUAUGAGUUCAUCAAAACCAGUUUGUUUGAAUGGUUUACACAUUUCUUUUUUUCCGCUCGCACAGACCCAUCAUGACGAGAGUAGUGCCGUUUCAAAGCUGUACAGGGCAGUACUGUGUGACUGACUUAUAGGGAAGUCUUCUGAAAUACCUCUUGUGGUGCUGCCAGUCCAGGGUCUUUAACGUGCUCCCUUAAUAGCUGGGAGAUGCUAACUACUAGCAUGCUAACCACCUAUGAGCUGUAGGUGUGUCAGGAGCGUACAAACAGACUGAUUUUAACAUAAUUACAUAACCGAAAAGAGAUGAGAGAAGUUGAACGGAUGUUUUUGAAGCUAAUGCUUGAACGUCCUUUCUUCUCGGCCAGAGACGAAGGAAAAGAGUGAAGGAAUUGGUAAAGGUGUUCAGUGUUCGCCACUCUGCUCUCUUUGAUUUAGCAGUGUUAGAAACAAAUGCAAUUUUUUCCUCUCUUCUCAUUUUGUAUUCAUAUGAAGGAAACUUUUAAGAGACUGUCUGGUAUGGCAGCUGUUAUUGUAAAUCGAUACCCAUGAGUUCACUCACGCAUCACUGUUAACUUUUUUGUUUUGUUCUUUGGACUUUUUAUUUUGGGUACAGUAUUUGUUUUGAGUAAUUGGUCCUUUUACAGUACUAUAUUUAUGCAUACAGUUACACUGUUCCUUGAAGGGGUGAAUCUGUUGAUAAAAAAGUAAUAAAUAAGUGAAAAUUAUUGAAGCUUUGUUUUCAGAAAAAAAACCUUAGCAUGACCGGUGUAAUUUAUUGUCAUCAUGAGACUCUUUGUGAAAUGAGGUUUUGUUCAUGAUGUUGUUGUACGAGUGAUCAUGUUUUGAAAUACAAAAUACCGUGAAGAAAGUAAUGAAAAUGUACAACAAAUGGUCCUGCAAAGGAAGUGAAAUUGUUGUAUUUCCAUGAAAUAAAAAAGAUCUAACUAAA